GAAGCGUCUGCUAGCUGGCCACCCUGUAUACGAGUGAUGGUGAACCAAUCAGAAUGUCUAGAUAUUGGUGAUUUAUUUAUAGUAACAUGUACAGGUGGUACGAUUGGUCGAGAGAAAGGAAAGAAUCAUGUGAUCGAGAUAAACAAUAUUAAUAUUAGUCGGGUGAGUAAGCCACGUAUUUUUGAAAUGAUCUUAGUGCUACGACAUCCUAGACACAGUAAUCAUUGUAGUCUAAGGUUUGAUUAUACCAACAAUCAGUAUGUGGUAAAAGAUGAUGGUAGUCAACAUGGUACUUUUAUUAAUAAUAUUAGAUUGUCUCAGGCACAUGAAGAGAGUACAGAGAGGGGAAUAACUCAUGGUGAUGUAUUAAAGCUGGGUACAACAGAGUUAUUGUUACAUAUUCACCCGGGUACAGACACCUGUACAGACUGUGAACCUGGGGAGGUCAAGGCCAGGGUCAAGCUUGAGCAAGCAAGAAAAUAUAUAAUUUCAGUUCUAAUGACUGCCAAAGAGAAGAAAAAACAGCAAAAACUAGAAUUGAAAAGUAUUAAAAAACGAUAUGGAUUAAAGAAUAUGAAUUUUGAAGACAAUGAAGCGAUAAGCAAUCCGGCAUACGAGGACAAGGCUGCUACUAGAAGAAAACAGGUCGGAAGCGACGGACCAGGACAUAAGUCUGAGGCUCCUGCAUCUGUUCAUAAGUAG